UUAUCUCUUUGUGCGUGGGUGCAUUCUCUUGCAUGAUGCACUUGUUACGUUGUUUUGUUAUGUGAUAUUUCGACUUGCGUCAACUCCAUUUUGUUGUACUUGCCGUUUCAAAAUUGUCGAAAUUGUGUGCGUUUGACAAACACCAUAGAUCAAUGUUUGGUGUGAACACCACCUCACCAUGAGUUACAUGCAGACAAAUCAAAAUCGGCCAAUGGCUCAACAAGGACACUACCAACAGGGUCCCGGGGACCUCCCCCUGGCCUCCUCCAAGGAGCAGACGCUGAUGUGGCCACAGGGAAAUUACUUCGGCGACUCCGGUAUCCAUUCCGGGGCCGCCACCCAAGUACCAUCGCUGAGCGGCAAGGAGGAUGAGGAAAUGGACCUGUUCGACCUUGACCAAGGUUACGGCCAAGGAUUCACGCAAGAUCAGGUGGACGAAAUGAACAACCAAUUGAACCAGACCAGGUCGCAGAGAGUGCGAGCCGCCAUGUUCCCCGAAACGUUGGAGGAGGGAAUCGAAAUUCCGUCCACGCAAUUCGACCCAGGCCAUCAGACCGCUGUACAACGUUUGGCGGAGCCCAGCCAAAUGUUAAAACAUGCGGUGGUUAAUCUGAUCAAUUACCAGGAUGACGCCGAUUUGGCAACACGCGCCAUUCCGGAGUUGAUUAAGCUGUUGAACGACGAGGAUCAGGUGGUGGUUUCGCAGGCUGCCAUGAUGGUGCACCAGCUGUCCAAGAAGGAGGCCUCGCGACACGCCAUCAUGAACAGUCCUCAGAUGGUAGCCGCCUUGGUGAAGGCGAUCUCCAAUUCCAACGACUUGGAGACUACCAAGGGAGCGGUCGGCACCUUGCACAAGUUGUCGCACCAUCGUCAAGGUCUCUUGGCAAUCUUCAAGAGCGGCGGCAUUCCCGCUUUGGUCAAGUUGCUCUCGUCUCCUGUCGAGAGUGUGCUCUUCUAUGCCAUCACGACGCUGCACAACUUGUUGUUGCAUCAGGACGGUUCGAAGAUGGCCGUCAGGCUGGCGGGUGGUUUACAGAAAAUGGUGGCGCUGCUGCAACGCAACAACGUCAAGUUCUUGGCCAUUGUUACUGAUUGUCUGCAAAUUUUGGCCUACGGCAACCAGGAAAGCAAGCUUAUCAUUUUGGCGUCACAAGGUCCCAUUGAAUUGGUGAGGAUCAUGAGGUCAUACGACUACGAGAAGCUGUUGUGGACCACCUCCAGAGUACUUAAGGUUCUCUCAGUCUGCUCAAGCAAUAAACCUGCUAUAGUCGAGGCAGGUGGCAUGCAGGCACUUGCCAUGCACCUGAACAACCAGAGCGCCCGCUUGGUGCAGAACUGCCUGUGGACUUUGCGUAACUUGUCCGACGCAGCCACCAAAGUGGACGGUCUCGAAAGCCUGCUGCAAUCCCUCGUCACAGUUCUUGGGUCGUCCGACGUGAACGUCGUGACUUGCGCCGCCGGUAUUCUGUCCAAUUUAACGUGCAAUAAUCAAAGAAACAAGGUCACUGUUUGCCAAGUCGGAGGUGUCGACGCUCUGGUGAGGACCAUUGUGAACGCCGGCGACCGUGAGGAGAUCACAGAGCCCGCCGUGUGCGCCCUACGUCACUUGACCUCACGCCACGUCGAAUCCGAAAUGGCACAGAACGCCGUGCGACUGAACUACGGUAUUCAAGUGAUCGUCAAAUUGCUCAACCCUCCGUCACGUUGGCCUCUGAUGAAGGCGGUGAUCGGGUUGAUAAGGAAUUUGGCGUUGUGUCCGGCAAAUCAUGCUCCACUCAGAGAACAUGGGGCUAUCCAUCACUUGGUACAGCUAUUGAUGAGGGCCUUCCAAGACACUCAAAGGCGUACGAGCGUUGCAAGCGGAGGCAGCCAACAGCCGGGUACUUACGCCGACGGCGUGCGCAUGGAGGAGAUAAUUGAGGGCACGGUGGGCGCGUUACACAUCCUGGCCCGCGAGUCCCACAAUCGCGUCAUCGUCCGACAACAAGGUGUCAUACCCGUCUUCGUCGGACUGCUGUUCAACGACAUCGAAAACAUCCAGCGCGUCGCAGCAGGAGCCCUUUGCGAACUGGCGGCCGACAAAGAGGGUGCCGAAAUGAUCGAACACGAGGGGGCCACCGCUCCUCUCACCGAGCUCCUGCACUCCAGGAAUGAAGGUGUGGCAACGUAUGCUGCGGCAGUGCUCUUCCGUAUGAGCGAGGACAAGCCGCAAGAUUACAAAAAGAGACUAUCCAUGGAACUGACGAACUCGCUGUUCCGCGAGGAGAACCUAUGGAACCCGGACCUGGGCAUGACUCCUGAUCUACAGGACAUUUUGAGUCCUGAUCAUCCGUACGAUAAUAUGUACACCCAGGGACCACCGAGUGUCCACAGCAGCCACGGCGGUAGGCCAUAUCAGCAACAAGGGUAUGACCAGAUACCAAUAGACAUGCAGGGUCUGGAAAUUGGUUCCCACGGCGGCGGUAACGGCUCCGCCUACAGCCCCAUCGACGCCAUGGACGUGACCAGCGGCGAGGCCGACUUAAACUUUGACGGCAUCGACCAGUUGCCCACCCCGCCCCAGGACAACAACCAGGUGGCCGCCUGGUACGAUACUGACUUGUAAAAAACAAAUCAAUUAAGCAACACGCUAAAAUUUCUGCGUUUUUUAAAUAUGUUCGAUUAGACUGUGGAUUAAUUAUUUUAUAUUGAGUUUUGUGUGCCGGUGGAAUGGAUCACUUCGCCCCCGUCAUUGUGUUCGUUAAUUUAUUUUUUAUCAUUGUUCGAUUGAUCGAGUUUUUCGAUUGGCAGCUGACUGUAGAGACAUUCUACUGGCAGAUUUUUUUAUAAACUAUCAUAAUCUAUUUUUUAAUUAAAAUAAUUUAUGCAUUUACCUAUUUUCCAUAUUAUAUUUGUAUGUGUAGUUCAUUACAUAUUACGGUUUAAACACAUUAAGUAAGCAGUAUUGAUAGUGUAAUAAAUAUAAUCAUAGACUAGCGAUUUUUGUUAUUUUUUAAUAAAAUCAAUUUAUUAAUAUUAUUCCUAUGUAUUUGUUAUGUAUGUCGCACAAUUUAUAUAUCAUUAUUUUUGGUUCAUUGCUAUUCUUUUGUCAUUCGAUUAAUUCCUACAAAUGCGUUACUUGAACAGGGUAGUUUUUUAAGGCACUGCCUUUUAAUCAAAUGCAUGGAAUAUUUAUAGGAAACAUUAAAAAAAUUAUGAUUAAAAAAUUA